AAUAACAAGUCUGUAUUGAGAUACAUAUGUAAAUCAUCAAAACCAGGCACGAUGUUUUCACCACUGCUUCUUUUGGUUGCUUCAACAGCUUAUAUCGCUUCGGCGUUACCGCUGGAGAAUGACGUCAUCGGUGUUGAGAAGACCUACCCGCGUUUCAUCGAGUUCCCAGACGGCGAGGGCAAGAUGCAUACCGUAGACCUAGAAGCAGAACCCGACUGGAAAAUUCUGGAUGAAAUCACAAGGAACCCUGCGAACAACCGCUACUUUUUAUUCACGAGGCGCAACAGUAACACAGCUCAGAGUUUGGUCAUGAACGACCCGGAGUCUAUCCGCAACUCGUAUUACAACCCCAGAGUGCCCACCGUCGUGAUCUCUCACGGAUGGCUCAGCAGCCAUAACACCGACAUCAACCCUGUGAUCAGAGACGCUUACCUAGCAAAGAGUGACGUCAACAUCAUCGUCCUGGACUGGAGACGCCUCGCCAUUGCCGACUACAUCACCGCCGUUCGUGGUGUCCCCGCUGUCGGUAGGGGUCUUGGACAGUUCAUCAGUUUCCUGAUCAACACCGCUGGAGGCAACUUGAACUACUUCCACCUCGUUGGAUUCAGUCUUGGCGCCCACCUUGUCGGCAACGCUGGAAGGGAAUUAGGUGGACGCGUUGCGCGUAUCACUGGUCUCGACCCCGCCGGUCCCCUAUGGAACUACAACAGCAAACGCAUCAACGAGAACGACGGUAUCUACGUUGAAGCCAUCCACACUGACGGUGGCCUCAACGGUCUGGGAAUCGGUUCUGCUGUAGCCAACGCUGAUUUCUUCCCCAACGGUGGUACCAACCAGCCUGGUUGUCUCACUGGCAUUUGUGACCAUAACCGUGCCUGGGAGCUCUUCGCUGCCACAGUCACCCAUAACCAUCUGAUCGGUAUGCAAUGCAGCAACAACCUUCAAAUCACCCUCAACACUUGCCGUGGUGAUACUCUUUACAUGGGCAACGAUAAUUUGAAGAAGACUGGAAAUGGUAUGUUCCGCGUCAACACCCGCAGAAGGUAUCCCUUCUAAAUGAAACAUGUGAAUCUAAAUGGAUCUCUACUACCCUACGUCUACAUUUAUAACCAAAUAAACCUCAAUUUAUAUUUA